AUGAUGCUGUCCGGUCGUCUUGACCUCCCCCCCGAUGUCCACUGUGUGCUCCGCAGGCACGGUAAGAGCAGGCACGGCGACUUUUGUGUGAAUUAGUAGCGGUAGUAGAUUUGUGCAGCAUCUACCACACCCUCCCCCCCCCCCCCUACCUGGACCCGGUGUCGAGCCGUGGGUCAAGAAGACUGGAGGUGAGGGAGGGCGCAGAUGGCUAACGCGACGGAUGAACCUGCACCUAGACGCACCACCACGCCUAAACUGUAGGUAGUAAUAGUGCAGUAGGUGGGCUAACUCAUGAAAUGUCAACCGAAAUUUCGAAAUGCGUUCUCGUUCCGAAAGGAUUAAUUAAGUAGGGUUGUAAAACUAAUCAAAAUGAAGCUUAAUUAUAUAAUGAUCCAGUUACCUCAGGGUGUCUGCCUUCGAAUGAACUUAUUGCAUGAACUGCAUGCAAGGACUUUAUUCUGCAAAAACGACUACGUAAGAAGCAUGCAAUUUUCUCAGUGAAUUUCGAUGCCCUUGAAAUUUCAAUUAUAUUUCAUAGAAAACAUGCAUAAAAAUAUUCAUUCUUUUACUUAUUCGAUAGAAAAUCACGUUUUCUUCCGAUUUUAUACUCGAAAGAAGGGUAUAAUUCGGUUUUAAAAAAGCUUAUCGAUCUCCCGAACCCGACCUGCUGUUACACUUGCAUUCAGGGUUUCCAAACUACUUGUCGUAUAUCUUCCGCAUACAGAAAACCGUACGUUUCUCUGCGUUAUUAAGAGGAGACCAUAUGAUGUUCAUAAAACUUGGCAGUGGAUUUGAGCCAUAUUGUUAACUUUACAAGCUCCGUUGGUAAAUGCAGAGACAUGACGUUUUAUGAACGGCCAUUUCACGGUAUUAAAAAUCUCACAAUUAGAGACGUUUUGAAACCGAAUUAUACCCUUCUUUCGAGUGUAAAAUUAGAAGAAGCUGUGAAAUGACGGACAAACCGCACUUGCGGACACGGAGGCUAUUUCACCCUGUCUUAGUAUCCAGAUACUCGACCGACUUAGGCAGAAAUAUUUGGAAGUUACUGGAUCCGAACAGAAAGUCUUAAAAAUAUGCUGGAAAUCUUCAUCAGCUACUGCGGUGUGGUUAAAAUAAAAUGUGGUACUCUCCCAUCCUCGAAAGAGCCAACUAAAAUGUAAAAAUUCCAGUCAGUUCUUGCACGAUGUUACCAAUGGUAAAACGAUUAAAAUCGAUCCAAGUGAGGAGCCGAAAUUUGAUUUCGGAAGUUCUCUACGAGUAUUUGCGGUGGGAGCUUAGGUAAAAGGCUAUGAGUUACUAAAAUAAGAGCUUAUUGAAUCCUAAAUGAAAGAGAAGGAGCGUGGGACCAGUGAUCUGUCUUGACGCAUAAUACUUAAAUGAGGACUAAGUGGUGCUGGUUUUAAUAACCCAGGUUGUAAUAUCAAAGAUGAUGAGGAUGACGACAGUGAUGGUGAUUAUGCUGCUGCUGCUGCUGCUGCUGCUGCUGCUGCUGCUGCUGCUGAUGAUGAUGAUGAUGAUGAUGAUGAUGAUGAUGAUGAUGAUGAUGAUGAUGAUGAUGAUGAUGAUGUGGUUAGCAAGGACCACACGAUAAGGACAUUCACCAAUUGCAUUGUUCAUGUCCUUCUGCCCUUCCACGUACAUUUUCCGGUAACAAUCGUGAGAGGGCGCCCAAAUAUCUGUUGCCUAGAAAUACCCCCGACAGUUACCCAUUUUCCUGCAAAUGUAGGCCGUUCGGAUAUUUAUCUAUGUAAAAUGUCGCAUUUAUUAAAAGCGUUUCAAAAUUAUGAGAUGUGACUUUAAAUUCGCUCAUUACAGCUGUUUCAUAUCAAAUCCCUAAAGCGUCUUGCGUCUACUACUAGAUCGGUUUGAACCUUUCUUUACAGAAUGAGCACUUGGGCUAAGAGGACUCCUCUGUCGUCCAUCCCCAGCUUCAUUCGCGCUGUUGUUGUAUCACCGAAAACUAUCUGCAGUGAAAGCAUCAUUUGACGGAAACGUUUACCCGUUCGCGUAUAAUUCCCUCUGAUUGCCCGCCCCUACUCUAUAACCCAUCUUCGUUCAACUUGUCCCGCGGCGAACUCAUUCUUUAUAGACCCCGAGGCAAUUCCGACCUUCGGAUAGAGCCGUCGUCCCCUCUUGAGAUUGUAGUCCUUGUGUCGCCUUCUCCUCCUCCUCCUCCUCCUCCUCCUCCUCCUCCUCCUCCCCCUCCUCCUCCCAGCAGCUUUAUUUUCACGCCUCCAAUCAACCGGCAAUCAGCUAUUUGUUUCUAAUAAUUGCAGCUAUGCCCCGUCUACGUUGCCACGACGGCGAGCGUAAAUUAGCGACUGGUGGGUUGGAGAGGUGAAAUGAGAGCGGCGUGAGCGUGAGGCGGACAGGUGUCUGCGCAAGCGCAGCCUGCCCCUUCCACCAAUGGGAGGCAAGCACGCCACUGAUUGGAGAGGGAGGAUGGUGUGCGUGGCUGUCGCGACACCGUUUUAGUGCGAGCGUUCGUCUGCACUAAUUAGACUGUUGCGUGAUCAUGUAACGGCCCUAAUCAGUAUCAUCGUCCUCAAACAGUCUCUCACUGCGCGCUAGAGCUUGGGGACAGUCCACGAGUAAGAUGGACCACAAGACGAGCGGCGCUGGUCUAAACAGCAUGAUUCGUGCUUAAUUAGAGGCGACAUGGGGAGGGCGUUGGAAUAAUCGCCUUUCUUAUGCAAAUAGGAAAAAAGGCCUGAACUAGAAGUGAACUUCUGCUGGUUUUGGUCUAAUGAAGUAAUCAGAGAAACAGCAGGGGGGUUUGGCUCGGCUGUUAAUUAUCUAAACCUAGACGCAAGUGGUGAGUACAGUCUGAGCAAACAAUCACCGUUAGUUUUUUUCCUAUGAAACGACCCGUCGGUUGAAAGAUUGGCCGCAAUUAGGUUAAGCCGAGUAGGGUGAUGUAACCGUGUGCCAUUCCUAAUCAAGGAGAGGAAUAUUCUUCGCCCUGGCCCAUUAUAGUGAAUUUAAAUACAUUUACCUCUAUGAAGUUAAUUGUUAGGGUAUUUAAUUUGUAAAUUGUGAUGUUGUGAAAUGUGUCCCAUGAAUAGCUUUUGCAUACUGGCCUUAAGUGAGGAGAAAAAAUGAGUCUUCAUAGAAACUAUCACAAUGACCCGAAAUAUUACAGAGGAAAGCAAGACAUUUUUUCCUCUUGAAAACUUAACAACUUUGAUAUUUGAUGGAUUGUCUGAGGUGUUUAAGAAGAGACUAGAUGAUAUCUGCUUUCAAUGUAAACUCGAAAGAAAAAUUGACAAGCUUAGUGUAAAUUUGUAUUGGUGAUCUGAGAGAGUGACUGUUUGCAAAAAGGCGGGUAAGGGGCAAUGAUUCUGACACCAGUAAAUUUUCGAAACAAGCGCCCCAUUUACCUUUGCAGUCAAAUACAGUUGUUGGAUCCGUACGUUCGUCUAUUUCUCUCAGCAUCUAGGUGACACACUGUGUGUACAUAUGACACUGUACCAUGCCCACUUCCCACACUUGUCAACUGACCGCCUCGGACAGUGAAUGGGGCCUGGGAAUGGAAAGGGAGAGUGAGGUCGACGACUCAGCGCAUUUUCUUCACUGCAAACAAUCUGACGCGCUUGAAGCUAUCACGGUUCGCUAAAAGCCGUAGCUUGCAUGGUUACCAACUGACGGGAUAACUUGGACCUCGCAGUCGGCCCAGUGUUGUGUGUGUUUGCGUGGAGUGGCUCGCUGGUGGUCUAAGAGUCAGACUGCAAUGACUCCUUCUUAAUGCGGCCUUUUUAGCACUCCCACUGUUGGGAUCCGAGCCCGGUGUGACGGUGCACCUAAGCGUGACCUCGGCCGUACCAGCCCCUUUUGUUGUUGUUAGUUAAAAUCUUGGUCAUUUGCUGUGUGGACCAGGGAGUGUGUAGUGGAGCGCCAAAGUGUGGGCUCGACCGUGCCAUCCACCUGCGCCCCCCGCUGCCUCUUGACCUCGGGCAACGAUUGGCCGAAGUGGGAUAUUUGCUUUAUGGAUUUUUGGCAGACCAUAGAAUCGGGCUAUGGUUGCCCUAAAAGGCAGCCCCACCUACAAUUUGGCAAAGUGGAUGUACUCAAAACUGAAGUUCCUCCAAGGCAAUUCGACUACCUCUGUCCGAUCAGCCUCUCAAUUCCUCAUAGACCUCCGAGGUCGGAGAAUUCAAUCGGACGAAAUCAUGGUCUCCUUCGAUGUGACGUCGUUAUUCACAUCCAUCCCACCAAACGUGGCCCACGAAGUCUUACGCAAGAGACUUGAAGAGGCGUACGAUGAGACUCAGAAUGCCCUCAAAAUUGAACACCUCAUGAGGCUGUUUGAAUUCUGCCAACAAACUUUCUUCACUUUUGCGGGAGAGACCUAUGAACAAAUCAAGUGUACCCAAAUGGGCUCAGCGGUCUCCGGUUUGGUGGCAGAACUGGUUCUACAGGAGUUAGAAAAGAUUGCCUUCCUCCAACAUGAACCUGUGUUUUGGCGACGUUACGUUGACGACACGUUCGUCAUCGUAAAGAAGGACAUGCUACAACAUUGCCACAGCCGGAUAUAA